AUGCUGGGAGGAAGAUGCUCGCUUCCUCGUCUCCUAUGCCGCCCCUACCACCGGAGUUGCGCUCCUCACCUGCCUCCGCCGCCGUCGUCGUCUUUCAGCUCUUCCCUGGGUUCUCGUUCUCCCCGGUAAGUCGAGUGAUGGCGAGGGGGAAGACGUGUUUUCUCUUCUUGCGAGGGCACUGAUAUGGCUGAUCGUUAUUUUUAGCUUCGUCUCCAGUUCGGCUAUUCCGGAUGCCGCCGCUUCUAAGAGUGCCGGGGGGAGCAGUGGCGUCAAGAAGACCGCGCUGGGGCGACGCGUUGUCCACGUCGUGCUGCUUAGCCUCACCGGUGGCUUUGCCCUCAGCGCCCUCAACGAUCUUGCCAUCUUCCACGGUUGCAGCAGGUACCACACGCUCUGUACUCGACACUUCAUUCGGAUCUCUUCGUUCUUUCUCUACCUCCCUCCGAUCUCUCAAUUGUCUCUGUAUCUAUAUAUCUUUCCAUCUAUCUGUGAGUAAUCCUCUUACCCUCUCCUCCAUUCUCGGGCAAGAAUUUUUUUAAGUUAGGGAUGAUAAAACUCCAGGAUUUUAUUUCCGCAAUCGUUUUAAAAAGGACCAGCUGUAAAACGAGGCACUGUGAUCAUCGUUUCUUUUCGUUUCUUAGUGCUUCUUUAUUUCGAGCAUAGGCCGCAAAUGAACCUGGUGUGCAGAAAUUAAUGCGAUGAUGAUUCCUAUCUCACCGAAUUCUAAAGAUGCCUCUGUUUCUUGUUCUCUCAUUACAUAAUGCCACAUUAUGCGAGAUAAGCCCAGAUUGAAAGAAAUCUGUCAAACGAGUGGACAACUCAAGGACCAUCAUACAAGCGUUAUGAAUAUUUUCAGAGUUUUUUAGAUUCCACGGAAAUUAUGUUAGGAAAUUAUACUGCAUAGCGAUUGGAAAAAUACUCUGAUGAAAUGAUAGAAGUGUAAUGCUAGGUUGUUACUGAAUGUCCUUGACUUAUGUGGGGCAAGGAAAAUUCUUUUCAUAUUCUUUGUAGAUUUAGAUAGAAUGCAUGGAGUGUCCGAGAACGUUCAUUUUCUAAACAUUAGAAAAUAACGGAAUGCAUAACAAAUGCGUGGAUACCAUCGACAGUAUGCAUAUUCAAAAUAGUUAUCUGCGAAUACUUGAUGGAGAACAAAUGGAUUUUUCGUAUUAAGUAGAAUUUAUAUUUACGAAAAAGAUUCAGAUAAGUUUGCCGCAGACAUGAUGCAUAAUUUCAGAUAGAUCGAAUGAAUAUCUGUCAUAACCGUGUAAAUUUAAAAGAUAAAGGAUAUUCUUUUAUCAUUUUUGAACGAAUAUCUGUAGAAUUGUUUAGAAAAGAAGAGAAAAUUUGAAAGAGAUGUUCCAUGCAAAGUAUUUGUGAUUUAUUUAUUUUUUUAACUCAUCAAUUGUUCCUUGAAAAUAUCAUUUUCAGAGAAAUUCGGUGGGUGAUGACGAUGCUUGUUCUCUUGGUUCCUCACUUUUUUAUUACCUUCUCUUCUGUCCUUGAUUCUCCCUUUUUGCUUCGUUACUUUUUCGUUGCAAUUUUUUCUCAUCAUCGCUGUUAGUUGUCUUUUCUCUACCCUGUGCUUUCUUUCUAACUAGCAUUGUGAAGCCAUCCUUCCGCAUUUCAUACGGGUUUCUUUAAUUUUUUUGCCACCCUGUCCUUUUAAGCGUGCAUUUUGUUUCAUUUUCCUUCAUCUUCUGGUAUCAACAAUUCCUCCUGUUUUGUUUCGUCUCAUCAUCGUAUUUUCUUGGAUAUUUGACACAGACAUAUAUACUGUUUUACAUGUACAUAUGUACUUGUACAUUUGCAUUUCGCAUGUACUGGAUUAAAAUACUUCAAUCGUGCCUAGUUUUAGGUUUUGAUCUUAUGUAUAUUAUCUUCAAAUGCCAAUAACUUCUACUUUUCGGGAUAAAAAAAUAGUAGACAAUGCAAGACAAUCUGAGACGUAUUCAGAUUGUCUGCCAUCUUAAUCUUCCUUGAUUGGCUUUAGAGGGCAUAUUUUUCAAAAAGAAAAUGUCGGCGGUGUUUUAUAUUCUCACAUAUUUUAGGCAAUGAUGGGUUCAGUACAGAGAUAUGACUCCGACGUUAUAUGUCCUCACAUAGAUAUACAUUUAGUUUUUGAUGACAGAAGUGUGACUCUGACUCUUGUGAGGUAUUCAAUAAAGCCCCAUUUACUUUCUUGGUGCCGUUUAGAGCUUGUCCCUUUAUACCCCUCCAACUGUUCCAAGAGUGUUUAUCUUUUUCAAGAAAAGGGACAGAAUUUUAAGUGAGUGGAAGUAAUGGCCUCAUGGUCUUUUUCACAAUGGUUUUUCGGGAUGAUGUUCUGAGUUUGUUGUGAUUAAGAAAUGCUGGUGGUUGGUUGAUCAUGCCAUUUCAAUCAUCAAACCUGAAGCAUCUAAUCGGAUCUCUGUUUAGUAGUUGUAGGUUGUCUUCUACUCGUUUGUGGGGCAGAAGAUGGCCUAAGAUUCUUCUUUUUUGUGUGUUAUCCUCUGGACUUUUAUCAUCUGAUUACGUAGCCAUUUUGUAAAUUUGCAGAGAAUGAUUUCCUGUCCUGAUAAGGGAGGGUCACGAGAUUUUUCUUCAUAAGUGUGCAUAUAUAGAUAUUCCGGCUAUGAAAUUGAACAAAGAUAAUGAAAGCUUAGUUUCUCUGUUUCUGGUGGAAAUUUGAUGCUUUCAUCUUUUUCUCAGAAAGGCAAUAGAGAAGGCCAGUCAAAAUCAGGAGUUUACAGACGCUCUGGGAGAGCCGAUUGUGAGGGGUCCAUGGCAUGCUGCUUCUCUUGCAGUUGGCCGUCGGAGAGAGACAGUGUCUUGCAAAUUUCCUGUCUCUGGGUCGAAGGGGAACGCCAUCCUGAAGAUAAAGGCUGUCUCUACCGGAGGUUGGUAACGUUAUAUGUUCUGAUUUCGUUUCCGCCUUUAGCUAUUUCAUAUAUUUUUGAUUCAUGUUAUCAUGUCUUUCGUUCUACAGUUUCCAUUUCACACUUGACCUUUGGCAGUAACUCAUGCAUACAUCGUUCAUAUAUUCGCUGUAGUUUCAUAUGUUUUAGUACACAAUGAAAUUUGCUCCAGAUGGUCGAUAGAAUGAAAUAUCUGUACCCAGUUUGUUGAACCAGCAAGAACUGCUCCCACUCCCCCAACUCUCCCUUUUUUGUUAUCAUUGGUGGGUUCUAGAACAGGGAAGUGGCUUCGAUGAUCUACUAUAUUAUCUUUUAUGUUAAAUGCACGAGAUUGUGGUAUCCUUCAAUACCUUCAAAGGGAUAAUGUUCAUGAGGCUUGGGAUUUUUUUAUUUUUUGAAUUUUGUGAAGCGCUUCUAUGCAUGUUUCAGCGUUGUAA